UCUACCUGUUGGCCUGGUCUUAUGAAUGGGGGGACCCAGGCAGGGGAGGCCGGGCAGCUCAUCUCUUCUCACUUGUCUGAAGAAUUCCCUGGGGUCAGUGGGCCCACGGCCUGGGAUGGCGGAACAUCCCUUCCUGCCUGGCUCCUGGAAGAGUCCUUGCCCAUCGGGCCUGACCCUCACCUCCCGGAGCCCUUGCAGGGUCCUUUGGGCCUCCCUGGGGGUUCCUGGUGUAGACGCCAGCCUGCGGGCCUGGCUGCCACGGGAAUGGGACCGAGUGUGGUCUCGGAGCCGGCCCUGAACAGCUGCGUCCUCUCUCUCCCAGGCGCAGGUUUUCCCACUUCCCGGGCUGAUGUGAUCUCCCAGCUGGAGAGAGGAGAAGUGCCCUCGAUGCUGGAGCAGGGUCUCCCCGGAGGCCCUUUGGCAGAUUUCCUCGAUCAGGAGAGUAGAUGCGAAAUCCUAGAUUCUAUCUUAAUGCCUGGAAUUUGGAUGAAGGCAUCAUCUAAGGAAGAACUUGAAAGAGAUGAUCUCUGGGAUUCUAAGAUCAGAGAAGUUUGGGAAUAUCAGCAGGGAGUCCAAGAGAAACAACUGGGGCAAUUAGCCGCUGCUUACAGAAGUUCUUCAUUCAGGAGAGGUUUCGGGCAGGGUUCCCUCCUCAUUCCUCAACAGGGAAUCCCUGUGGCAAAGCAGUUCCAUAAAUAUGAUGUCCUCGGAAAGAGUUUCAAGCAGUUUUCAGACAUAAUUAAACAUACUAGAAUAUCCUUUGGGAAGAAAGUUUGUAAGUAUAAUAAAUACAGAAGAGCCUUCAAUUACCACUCUGAACUCAUUCACUUUAAUGUAGAAAAUAGUGAAGGUGAGUCAUAUGAAUGUAACGAGUGUGGGAAAGUCUUUAGCCAGAGAAGAUAUCUUAUUGUACAUCAGAAAAUUCAUACCGGGUACAAGCCCUACGAAUGUAACGAAUGUGGGAAAGCCUUCAGCCAGAGGGGCCACCUUAAUGCCCACCAGACUGUUCACACUGGACAAAAGCCCUAUAUUUGUACUGACUGUGGGAAAGCCUUCAGCCAGAGGGGCCACCUUAAUGAACACAGAAGUAUUCAUACUGGCGAGAGACCUUUUGAAUGUAAUGAGUGUGGGAAAGCCUUUCACCGUAGGGGAAGACUUACUGAACAUCAGAAAAUUCAUAUUGGAGAGAAACCCUUUGAAUGUAAUGAGUGUGGGAAAACUUUCAUUCGAAAGGGAAGUCUUACUGACCAUCAGAAAAUUCAUGCUGGGGAGAAGCCCUUUGAAUGCAAUGAAUGCGGGAAAUUCUUUACCCGCAAGAAAUCUCUUUUUUAUCAUCAGAGGAUUCAUACUGGCGAGAAACCCUUUGGCUGCAAUGUGUGUGGGAAGUGCUUCAGCAGGAGGGCGAGCCUUAAUGAACAUCAGAGAAUUCACAUUGGUGCAAAGCCCUUUGAAUGCAACGAAUGUGGGAAAGCCUUCAGCAGCAACUCCCGGCUCACUCUGCAUCAAAGAAUGCACACGGGAGACCAACCUUUUGUGUGUAACGAAUGUGGGAAAUCCUUUAGCAGAAGGAAAAGCCUCACUGCACACCAGAGAAUUCACACUGGAGAGAAACCCUUUGAAUGCAACGAAUGUGGGAAAACCUUCAGCUGGAGGGGAAGCCUUAUUGAGCAUCAGAGAAUUCAUAUCGGGGAGAAACCGUUCGGAUGUAGCGAAUGUGGGAAGAACUUCAGCCACAGAACAACCCUCGUUUAUCAUCAGAGAAUUCACACUGGUGAGAAACCAUUUACCUGCGAGGAGUGUGGGAAGGCUUUUAGCCGGAGGGUUCACCUUACUGUCCAUCAGAGAAUUCAUACUGGCGAAAAAUCCUUUAUAUGCAUUGAAUGUGGGAAAGUGUUCAGCCGGAGGGGCCACCUCACCGGGCAUAAAAGAAUCCAUAAUGGCCAGAAGCCCUUUGAGUGUAAGGAAUGUGGGAGAUUUUUCAGCCAGAGGGGAAACCUCACCAAACAUCAGCAAAUUCACAAGGUGGAAAAACCCUUUGAGUUCAGUGAAUGUGAGGCCUUCAGUUACGACUCCCACAUUACCCAGCAGAAAAUAAAUCCUGAAGAAAAGCCCUUUGAGAAGGAUGAUUCAAAGCAAGUCUUCAGUCAAGGGGAAUCCUUUACGAUUUCAGAAGGAAAUCAGAUGAGAGAGAGAGAGACUUUUUGAAUCGAACACUUGUACUCCUUUGAGAGCCCAUGCCUUGAUUACAGUGAAACUUCAAUGAUAUUCAGACAGUUCAUAUUGGGAAAAAUAAUAAUAAUAAUCCUUAAAAAUGUUAAUAAGAACACCUUUGAGGGCUAAUUCACCUACCACCAGAAGUUUUGUCCUAUUAUUGACAGAUGCUAAUUAGAAAUAAUGUGGGAAAAGUUUCAUGAAGAGUUGUCAUGUGUCAGGUACUAGAUUGUAGAUGGCAGAAUUUGCCACCAGCCCAGAGAAUCACAUUUCUGAUUUGGAAGUAGCUCCGAGUCUGGCUCAUCCCACCCAUCCCCGAAAAGUAAUCCUCUCUACAAUUUAACUCUCAGUCUUUGCUUAAAGCCCUCCGGGGAGAUCCUGGGCACUGGGAUUGCAUCCUUUGAAAACAGAUCAUUUCAUUUUUUCGAGGUGCUAGUUGUGAGAAUUGUUCUUCUACCAAGCUUCCAUUUACUUCUUUGUGAUUCCCAUCCACUGUCCCAGUUCUUCCCCUUUGGACCUGAAGCUUGAUUCACUAAAGUCCACACUGAAGUUCACCAGAUUCUCAAAGAUACCCACCAAGUUUUCAAGUCUUCUCUCCCAUCUAAACCCCAUCCCCCAUUCUUUUCGUUUUCUGUGCUGAACAUUCUCAGUUUCUUCAACUAAUGCUUCUACUGAUAUGGCCCGAACUGGAAAUCCUUUGCCAUCUUAAUUGGGCUUCUUUGGCAUUCUCCCUAAAAAUGUUCUCAGAACAGUCUAAUAAUCUUAAUUUGGGAUAACCAAAUCGGAUUCUAGUGGGUCCAUCUCUUCCUAGAUUGUAUCUUGUGGAAGCUAUACCUGCAAACCAUUCUUUGCCCAUCUCACACUGCAAGGACAGAGGUUUCAAGUCCUUCCUCUGUCACAUACUGACAGUAUGGACUGAAAGAGACCCCAGGCAGCUAUCUUAAAACAAACCAUGGGAGCAGAUGGUUUCAAAGAAGAACAACUGGUUCAGAGCUCUGGGAUUGGGGGGACUCCCAUAGUUAUGGAGCGGUAUGUGAGUGAUGAAACAGCCAAGGAAAUGGAAAGAGACAAAGCAGAUAAUAGAAACCAGGAGAGAUUAUGGAGAUCAUAAAAAAAUAGCCAAAAAGACACAGGUGGUUGAUAGUGGCAUGUUUCAAAGGGAUGAAGAAUGUUUCAGUUGAUAUCGAAAGCAUUUAUUAAGCACCUACUCUAUGCCAGAUACUGUCCUAGGUGCUUGCGAUACAAAAAUAGAAAUGUAUCCAAACCUUCUCUCAGAGACCUUACGUUGUUCUGUGUGGGAGAAGGGGGCAACAGGGACACAGAUAAGCGAAUACACACAAAACAGCACAAACUACAUGGCGGGAUUCACCAAUGAAUGAGAAAACCAGAAAAAAGCUUAUAGGAAGUGGCUUUUGAGAUGGGCCUGGAAGAGAUGGGCUGGGGUAAGGGGAGGAUUUCAGGAAUGGGGGAUGGCUGCAGAAUGCCUGGAAAGGGAGAAUGAAUGUCAUGAACAAGGCUUCCAAGAUUGGAGUGGGGUGUGCUGGGAGAAUUUUUUGGAUUAUCCAGCUGGUAAGCCAGCACUGUCCACAGAGACAAAAAAGGUGCAACUUAUGAGACACAUUCUACCGGCAAUUUACAACUUAGCUAGUGAUAUUUAAUUGUAACAUGAGGCAGAGAGAGAAAGGGAGGGAGGGAGGGAGGGAGAGAAGAAGGGAGAGAGAGAGAGAGAGAGAGAGAGAGAGAGAGAGAGAGAGAGAGAGAGAGAAAGAAAGAAAGAGAAAGAAAGAAAUGACUGAUAAGGACAAAAAAAAACCCCUGCUUCUUAAAGAGAAUGUAAAUCAUGAGUUAUUGGAAAUAGAAAAGGAAGGUGCCUUUUGUAGGCUAAUAUGUCUCACUAAACCAAAUGGACUCAUCUAUCACUUGUGAUGUGUCCUUGAACUUUCAAGAGGGAGCUAUUGAAGUCCUCCUUUGUUACAGUUAAACCAAACAAGGGGGAAAAAGAGACACUCAUAGAGAUCAGCUGUUGUGAGCUGGUCCCAGAAUUCAUGCUGGGGUCAGACAGAACAAAAAUAGCCAAUCUAGAACAAAAUGGAGUCUAGUUAUGUUGACUCUUAACAGACUCGCUCAGCUCUUUAAAAAAUGACUUAUUAGAUGCAAUCAGCCAGGACAGGUAGGUUGGUGUCAUACGGUGAAGGGAUGUGGAAGCUGGAUUGAGGGGUUGGUAUUUGACCCUAGAGAAGCAGUGGUGAGCCACUGGAGCUGUUUGAGCAGGGACAUGCUGUGGAUGGCACCUGUGCUUUAGGAAUAUCUGCCAGCUGCCUGGUGGAUGGAAUGAAGAUGCAUGAGGCUGGAUUUUAAGGGCCUUGGCCACAAGGUAAUGAGAGUUUGAAGCAGCUUUGUUGUCAUGUGAAUGGAUGGGAGUCCAGGCAACACACACUUAUUCAGCACUUACUAUGUGCUGAGCACAGUGGAAGGAGACAAAUGGGACAGCUGCCGCCAUGGAGGAUUAGGACUGACACGAGGUAAUAGUAAUUCUAAGAUCUUUGGUUAUACUGGAGAGGGCAGUUUCAGUGGAAUGAUGUAUUUGGAAGCAAGAUUUCAAAACAUUGGGAAGUGGGCUGGAUGGGAAGGAGGACAGAAAAUAGAUCGUCUAGAAAGAGCUUUUUACAGGAAUUUGAUCAGGAAAGAAAAGAGGGAUGAAAAACAGGAAGUGGUAGGAUCAAGUCAACGGAUUUUUUUGUUUGUCUUAAAUUUGGGGAUUACCUUGGGCCAGGGGUGUGCUGUAGUAUCUUGAAAUGACUAAAAGAGCUGAUUGUUAAAUUUUCCUUUUAAGCAUUCACUUCCGGGAAAUCGGCAAAUGCUACAGAUCAGGGCUUGAUUUGUUGCUUUAUAGAUUAUCUAGUCUUAAGAACCUGAACUGGAGAAGGAAAUGACAAACCACGCCAGUGUUUGGCAAGAAAAUCCCAUGGACCAUGUUGUCGUGAAGAGCCCGACACAGCUGAAUGACAGUCACAACAAGAAGAAAGGGGUGGACGUUCAAAGAGAGGGACUCCUUUAAGCAACCAGAAGACUUGAAAUCAAGUUCACAAGGAGCAGAAUUUGUUUUAAAGGACUAGAGAUCUCUUAUUAGGUAUUAGAGCAAAGCACUAAGUAGAGAAUGAUGGUGAAAAAUUGAAGUGUAAAAUGGGAGAUAAGGAAAUUCAUGCUAUGGGGCUUCUAUUUUCUUGCAGUUGAGUGCCAACUGGAUAGUGUUGGACCUAGAGUCAGGAAGGCUUGAGUUCAACACUUGGUGACUUGCCCAGGGUCACACAGCUAGCAUCCUUCCUCUAGGCCCAGUGCUCAGUUGACUUUGUUACCUAGCUGCCCCCAGGAAAACAGAGAAGAGUUUAAGUUGGGUUGGGACAGAGGCAGAAAAUCUGCUAUCACCCUCCCAAUACCUGGCUACCUGCGUGGCCCUCCUUUGAGCCCUGGGAGGUUGGCCUUUGCCCUGUUCACCUUCAUCUUUCCUGACGAGGUCCAACAGGUCAUGAUGAAGCGAUGAAGGCGGGGAGUCAUCUGGAAUGAAGUCACAGGUUCAGGCCGUUUCCAGGUCAAGCUUUAUUAUAAUACCAUAUGGUGGGCAAAGUUCUUGUGAACUUGAAUUAGCAAAGGGCAAGGUGGGAUAAAGGCACCAUUGAAGAAGACGUAGUCUUGCCAUUUAUUCCUUUACAAUGCAAGUAUGAGAGGUCACUCACUUUGAGAAAAGGGAUUGCUAAAGAAGCAAGGUCUGGCUUAGGUAGAACUACAAGUUAAUCCUGCUAAAUAUCCAAUAUGUAGAGCCAUGAAUAUCUGUGCUAUAAAUUAUUCUGUCAUUUAGAAAGUGCAUAAUAGUAAAUGGUUUUUAAAGAUGAUGCUCAUAGCCAAAUCUGAGAGAAAUAACGUAGAAAAAAGAAUUAUAGACCAGUCUCACUAAUUAAUAUUGAUUUUACCUAAAAUAUUAAUAAGACUCUAGCAAUAUAUUCUAAAAUGUUUACUCUGGCCAAGUUAGAUUUAUCCAUUAAACAUUUACAUCAGAGAACAUUAAACAUUAGAAGACAUUUAGCAUCGUUAUGCAAACUACAUAAACAACAUAAUUAUAUCAAUAGAGAGAAAAAACUUUUUUACUGCGUAAAUUAAUGGCACAGCCUAUUGCUGUACUAGUCAUAGAUUUAUGGUACUAGAGAAAACAAUGCAAUUCAUCUAGUGGAACAAAAGAUCUAGCAUUUCAAGGGGGAAUAAUGAGGUAAAAGGCAGAAUUAAAAAGGGGUUAAUGUUAUUGUAAAGUGGUAUUGUCACAGUCAAAAGCACAGUGCCUACUAGUUGCCAGGCACUGUGCUAAGUGUUUUAUAAAUAUUAUUUUAAAUAUUUUUCACAAUCUCACGUGAACCACAAAUUGUUACUUACAUCGCAUUGUGUUUUUAUUUAAAAAAAUGUUUCCCAAUUUCAUUUUCACUGGGUUCUAGCAGAAGUAGUUUUUCAGGCAGCGAGUUUGACAGCUCUGUCAUCAGCAGUAAUUCCCAGAACUAUUUGGUACUGGUUCAAAGAGUAGAAAAGUGGAUUUGGGUUCUUGGAUUGAUGGUGUCUUGGACCAAGCUGUUCGUUUGCUUGUGUGUCUUGCUUGUCUAACCUGAACAACUUUUCUAUUUUGACUGCUUUAUCAGCAUGCCAUAAAAGUUUUGGCAUGUAACUUAAUUUGUUAUUCUUUGCAUUAAUGUAUUUUUAAUUUCUGUAAUUUGUUCUCUCAUUAUUAUGGAUGUCAUUAUUUUGGUGAACAUCUCACUAGUGUUUAUGUGUGUAUACACAUAUACAUAUAUAAUUGCAUUGUGGUCUACAAAUAAAGCUUGAAGCAGAUUAGAAUAUAAUUGGGAAAUAUUUAACACAAAUAAAAAUGCAAUAGGACAUAGAUAAUGUAAAUGAGUAGUUUUCUAAAUCAAUUUGUGGCCCCAUUUCUAUUUCAAUUUGACACCAUCGCUUUAUAGCAAUAAAUUCACAGGUCUGACCCCAAAUUUUUAAAGAUACUGAAAAUUAUGUUCAUAUUUAUUUUUAAACUUAUUUAUGAUUUCUCUGUGUUAGCACAUGUCCAGUUUUUGGUAAAGAAGUACCAGGUGAUGAAAAAUACUUAAUUUAAAAAAUAUGCUUUUUCAAAAGUAGUCAUAAGUUUUCAGCUCUUUAAAAAAAUCCUGUUUUGCUAUCUUCCUUCUUACCUUUAAAUUAGAUUUCUCAAGUUCUGAAAGAGUAAUAGGAGAGUACCCAUAAUUGUGUGUGUAACUUGGUUACUUUUUAAAAACUUACUUAGAAGCUGUAGUUAAUAUGUAAAUAUUUAGUAAUGGUAUUGUUUUAUUACUUGUAGUGCCUUUAUGUGUAACCUGAUUUUCCUGGUUGUUUUUUUGACAUUGUCAGUUUUUAUUAUUGCCUUAUCUGAAAUGGAGAUUGCAAUUAAAAAAAAAAAAGAUCAUCUAAA